AUGGCGUCCAAACGGUAUGCGUUUGUGCCUAUGGACGACGACGACGCCUUAGCGCCUGCAACAGUCGAUAGACGCGAUCGCAAAGACCGAAAAGACCGAAAAGACAAAAAAGACAAAAAAGAGCGGAAGCACGACAGAUCGCCCCGCGACCGCUCUCUGUCUCCGCGACGCCACAAGUCCCCGCGCCGCCCCGCCGGCAGCAAAAGCGACAGCAAAAAAGACGCCGAGAGCUCGAGGCCAAGUCGCAGCAGUGGUAGUGGUGGCGGCCACGAUUCCCAGCGCGAAGACCCUAAAAUGACAGACCUACGUCUCAAGUCUCGGCAGGACUACCUAGCUAAACGAGAGUCGGAGAAGCUCGCCCUGUUGCGGAAACAGGUAGCAGAGGAGACGGCUGAGCUGAAAUCGGGCGUGCGGCUGUCGGAGAGGGAAAAGGCCGAGUUCGCCAAGAACCGCGAGAUCCUGCGGCUGGCCGAGGAGAGGGCGCGCAUUGACGACUACCAGGACGGCUACCGCCUGCCCGACCAGUACGGCGCCGACAGCAAGAAGAAGGAAAACGCCCUCUACAUGCGCCACGUCGAGCGCGACGAGUUCGGUAACGAGAAGCUCGUGACCGAGUACGAAGAGUGGGAGCGCGAGCAGACAGUCAAGGCCAAGUCGCAGAUCCAGAGCCGCGAGCGCGAAGACGGCGGCGAGUACGACUUCCUGCUCGACGAGGACGCCAUCACCUUUGUGCGCGACGCCGCCAACAGGCAGGCCCAGCCCAGUGAUGGCAUGACGCAGGAGCAGAGGAUCUUGGCUGCACGCAUCGACGAGGCCGAAAGGGCGGCCAGAAGCAUCCAAGACGUGCGCAAGAGCCUGCCCGUCUAUGCCUAUCGCGGCGCCUUUCUAGACGCCAUCAAGGAGUUCCAGGUCCUCAUCCUGGUGGGCGAGACGGGCUCGGGAAAGACGACGCAGAUCCCACAGUACCUGCACGAGGCCGGCUUCACCGACGGCGGCCAAAAGAUUGCAUGCACCCAGCCGCGUCGAGUCGCUGCCAUGAGCGUCGCCGCCCGUGUCGCCGACGAGAUGGGCGUCAAGGUCGGGCACGAGGUCGGGUACUCGAUCCGCUUCGAAGACUGUACUAACGACAAGACCAUCCUCAAGUACAUGACCGACGGCAUGCUGCUCAGGGAGAUGGUCGCGUCCCCGACACUGGAUGGCUACUCGGCCAUCAUGAUCGACGAGGCCCACGAGAGAACCGUCCAUACCGACAUCCUCCUGGCACUGAUCAAGGAUCUCACGCGCGCCCGGCCAGAGCUGAAGCUAAUCAUCUCUUCUGCAACCCUCAACGCCGAAAAGUUCAGCAGCUACUUUGACGACGCCCCCAUCUUCAACGUGCCCGGCCGCGUGCAUCCCGUCGACGUAUACUACAGCCAGAACCCAGAGGCCAACUAUCUCGAGGCCGCCCUGGUCACCGUCUUCCAGAUACACGCGUCCCAGCCAGAGGGCGGCAUCUUGGUCUUUCUGACUGGCCAGGAAGAAAUCGACCGGGCCUGUGAGCGCGUCGAGGAGAUCAAGCGCAAGCUGGGGAGCCGAGUCCCCGAGAUCGUCGCGCUCCCCAUCUACGCCAACAUGCCGUCGGAGCUGCAGGCCAAAAUCUUUGAACCCACACCGCCCAAGGCGCGCAAGGUCGUCUUUUCAACAAACAUUGCAGAAACGUCCCUUACCAUCGACGGCAUAGUCUACGUCAUAGACUGCGGCUACGUCAAAGAAAACACAUUCUCUCCGGUGGGGACGACGGGCCAGUCGACGCUCGCCGUCGUGCCAUGCUCGAGGGCAGCAGCAAACCAGCGUAUGGGCCGCGCCGGUCGUGUACGGCCGGGCAAGUGCUUCCGCCUCUACACCAAGCAUGCCUACCUGUCCGAGAUGGACGAGUCGCCGACGCCCGAAAUCCAGCGGACGUCUCUGUCGAGCGUAGUGCUGCAGCUCAAGGCGCUCGGGAUCGACGACCUCCUCGGGUUCGACUUCCUCGACCCGCCGCCGACGGAGCUGCUGAUCAAGUCGCUCAACAUGCUCUACGCGCUCGGAGCGCUCAACAGCGCCGGGGCGCUGACGCGGGUGGGGCGGCAGAUGGGGGAGUUCCCGGCGGAGCCCAUGCUGGCCAAGGCGCUGAUCGCGGGGAUGCAGGAGGGGUGCGUGGAGGAGGUGCUGACGAUUGUGUCGACGCUCGGCGAGAUGGCGACGCUCUUCUUCCGGCCCAAGGACAAGAAGGUGCACGCGGAUAGCGCGCGGGCGCGGUUCACGGUCAAGGAGGGCGGCGACCACCUGACGCUGCUCAACGUAUACAACCAGUGGGUCGAGUCGGACUACUCGCCCAUCUGGGCCAAGGAGAACUUUUUGACGCAGCGGUCGCUGACGCGGGCGCGGGACGUGCGCGACCAGCUCGCCAAGCUAUGCGAGCGCGUGCUCGACGGCGACCUGGGAUCAUGCGGCGGCGUGUCCAACAUCCAGCCGGUGCUGCGGGCGCUGACGUCGGCCUUCUUCCUCAACGCGGCGCGCCUCAACCGCGGCGGCGACGGCUACCGCACGCUCAAGACGGCCAUGACCGUCUACGUCCACCCCAGCAGCGUCAUCAAGUCUAUCGACCCGCCGCCAAAAGUCAUCAUCUACCACGAGCUCGUCGUCACGUCGCGCGAGUACGUGCGCUCCGUCAUCCCCAUCGAGGCCAAGUGGCUGUCCGAGUUCGGCGCCCACUACUACGACAAGAAGGACCGAGCAAUUCGCACCACCGUCGCCAUGUCAGGGCCGCCUCCCCCGCCGCCACUGCGCGGGUCCAUGUCGCUGUACGCGAACCUGCUCGACCCCAGCAGUGAUAGCGCCGCCUCGAUAUCGCGAGAUCCCAAGCAGAGCGCUGAUGGCAGCACCAACGCUCCCCCAGCAAAGAAGCCCAUAGAUCCAGCCCUCCUCCUCCAGCCCAUUAUUCGACCCCAAGCCAAGCAGACAGGCAACAAAAUCAAAAUCGGAUUGCUUCCCAAGACGCUCAUCCCUACUGCGGCUGCGGCCCCCGCUGUCUCUGCCGCCUCUGCGUCUAGUGGCACGACUGCCGCCGGCAGCAACACAACUGCCGCGCCGUCGCAACGGACCCUAGCCGACUGGACGGCCACAGAGAACGACGAUUCCUUCUACGCAGCGGCAGCGGCCGAGGAGAAGCGCGCACGCGGUGGCCGCCGCAAGAAGAAGAAGAAGUUGGACGAGAACGGCUCGGCCGAGACCAACUGGGAUGAUAUAUACGACCCCGCGCGGCCCACUAACAUGGAGCAGUACCUGCGCAGCGACGAGCGCAUCCGCGAGGUCCAGGACUGGAAGAAAGUCCUGUAUGCCCACCGCCGGCGCGAGCGGCGCUCGGCGAGCUACAGCAGCGAGAUGAACAGCGACGAUGAGGAAGACGCUGGUCAUCGAGGGCGGCAGUUGGAAAAUCAGUUUGCUCCUCCAGUAUCUCUGACUUUCGCGCCCCCGCCGCUCUCUCCACCUCGCCGGCCGUCGCCAGCACUAGUGGCGAAAGCUAUGCUCGAAGAUGCCACUGGCGACGACGCAUAUGCCCGUCGCCUAGCGUUGUCGGGCAUGGCAAAGCCACUCGGCCCCCCAGCAGUCAGCCAGCCACCGGCACCUGUCGAUGCGGCGACAAUCUCACGAGCACCCGUCCGGUACCAAGUCCCUGCAGGGCCACAGCCCCCCAGUGACGACGAUGCCAUGGACCUUGAUGAUGAUGAUGAUGAUGAAGUAAACUACAAUGCCAUACCGCCACCUCCACCGCCACCUCCACCGCCAGCGCGCCGUGGCUCAGAUAGUGGCAACAGUGCAGAGAGGGAUGGCGAUGCACAGCCGGCCCGUUCCAGCCGGCCCGGCCAGGCCGGCUUCGCCAAGCGGUUCAUGGUGAAGUACGGCUGGAAAGAUGGGUUGGGGCUAGGCGCCGACGAAGGCGGCAUGACAUCGGCGCUGCGGGUGCAGGUUGAGAAGCAGAAGAGGCGGCCCGACUCCGAGGGCGGAGGGUUCGUGGGGCCCGGCGGGCGGGGCAAGAUUAUCGCGGCGAAGAACGCGCAGCCCAAGAAGAAAGACGAGGAUACCGCGUUCGGCAAGACGAGCCAGGUCAUCGUGCUCCGGAACAUGCUCGAAGGCAUGCCCGACCUCGCCCACGAGAUCGAGGCCGGCCUCGGCCAGGAGAUUGGCGAGGAGUGCGGCGAGAAGUACGGCCGCGUCGAGCGCCUGUUCAUCGACCGGGCCGACAGGCAGGUCUUCAUCAAGUUCACCGACCAGGUCUCGGCCCUGCGCGCCGUCAACGCCCUGCAGGGCCGCAUCUUCAACGGCAACGCUAUCGUGGCCAAGUUCUUCGACGCCGACAGCUUCGAGAACGGCGUCUACAAGUAG